GGUUGGGAAACGUAAACAUUCAAAAUGGAGCAUGCUUCAAUUCUAUCGCCUGCUGUCGUCCUAAAUAUACCAGUGAUAGCAAAUCUGGUAUUGCAGAAUCUAUCAGCGAAAUCACUCAACACAUGUUCCAGGGUCUGUAGCACCUGGAAUACUAUUGCCAAAUCACUAAAACAGAGGCGAAAGAGCAUGUCAUGUUUUUUUGCUGAUUAUGAUGAAGAUGAGAGUUUGGAUGGACUUGCUGCUGAGAUUAUGUCUGCAGUGCAGGAUCUAAGGACAGAACCCAGUGUUCUCUUUAUGUACUGUACAUCACAGUUGUUUGAACAGCAAAUCCCACUACCCACACGUCACCAGAUGCGACACCCACGGGCUUCAAAGUGUAUGUUGAGCAGUGUAGGAGAUCUAAUGAGGAAGGUGAUACCUAAGACUUGUAAACUGCUGGCUGCUUCAUCCGAUGGCAUUGUGGGUACCAGUAAAGAUCUGAAGAGAACUGCGGAGGUGGAGAGCGAGCUGGCUCUCACGUGUCUUUUUCUACCACAUGUCGAGGGGGUGGAAUUCUUUACAUUUAAUGUAGACAUUUACAAUUAUGCAAAUCAAAUGGAUGAAACACAUUCUGGAUUGACAUAUCUGACAGAACUCAGCACUGUGCCGCCAGACAAGGAAGUAAAAGCCGUCUUUUUCUUCUGUGAUGAGCCGUUUUGUCCCCCGGAGAUUGGCUACUCACUGUUACAGCUGUACGACGGAGCUGUGAUAGCUGGGGGCUAUGUAGAUAACCUCAUAACCUCUGACCCCGACCCACACGACCCUGCCAGCGAGUCUGGCUCAGCGUCCAUGAUGUGCGUGGCCCUGUGUGGACCACAGGUGAGGGUGGCCUCAGUAGUCAUCAAGGAAGACAUCCACAGACCUGAGGAAGUGGAGAGAAUACUGAAGCAGCUCAAGGACUGUAACUUACCUGAGGAGAGGAGUUACGCCUUCAUGUUUGCCUGUCUAGGACGAGGCAAGGGUCACUACGGCAGUGAAAAUGUGGAAUCAUCAGUCUUCAGGAAAAUGUUUCCAAAGACACCAUUGCUCGGUUUCUUUGGCAAUGGAGAAAUUGGUUUCAACUUCCUACAGAAGUAUCAGACUGAGACUUCAGAUAUGACAUGUGACAAUUGUCCAACUUAUCCUUCACAUAGGAAUUCUACCAGCAAUAAUGUCUCCAUUCUGGGGGGGAUGACGAAGCCCCUCCCAAAACUCUACCACGCAUACACAACCAUUGUAUGUAUGGUAUCUCUAGUAUGACAUAACACCAAUUUGCUUAACUUAGAAACACUGUGACCAGCACUAGUUGUGCUUAACCUGGUAUAGCUGUGCUAUGACCAGCAUUUGGUGGUGCUUAACUUAGCAACACUGUGACCAGCACUAGUUGUGUUUAACCUGGUAUAGCUGUGCUAUGACGAGCAUUUGGUAGUGCUUAACUUAGUAUUAAAAUGACAAACACUGUUGGUCUUUAACUUUACAGUAUUGUGUCCAUCACUGGUGGGUCUUAAUUCACAGUACUGUGACUGGUACUGGUGGUGCUUAACUUUAAAGCACUGUAGCCAGCACUGGUGGUGCUUAACUUUACAGUACUGUAGCAAUCACUGGUAGUGCUUAAUUUUAUAGCACUGUAGCAAGCACUGAUAGUGCUUAAUUUUAAAGCACUGUAGCCAGCACUGGUGAUACUUAACUUUACAGUAUUGUGUCCAUCACUUGUGGUACUCAACUUUACAGUACUGUAGCAAGCACUGGUGGUGCUUAACUUUACAGUACUGUAGCCAGCACUGGUGGUGCUUAAUGUUAAAGCACUGUAGCCAGCACUGGUGGUGCUUAACUUUACAGUACUGUAGCCAGCACUGAUGAUGCUUAACUUUACAGUACUGUAGCCAGCACUGGUGGUGCUUAAUUUUAUAGCACUGUAGCAAGCAAUGGUGGUGCUUUACUUCACAGAAGUGUAACCAACUCCAGCGUUGUUGAGCUUAAGCAUCGCUGUUAUUAACACUACUGGCACUGGUGUUGAACUUCACAAUUCUGCCAUCAACAGGACUUGUGUUUAACAAUACUGUACACUACUCAUGUCACUGAAAUAUAUAGUUCUUAAACCAGAAACAGAUAUGAAUUACCAACAAGUAGUACUAAACUUAAGAGUGCAGAAACAGUACCGACAGCCACAGUAAUGACAUCACAAACUUACAGGAACUUUGAGUUCUGUAAUGCUGUAGCUAACUAACAGUGUGUUGUUAUAACCAAUAUACAGUGUGUGGUAAUAAGCAGCUCAGUAAUGCUGUAACCAAUAUACAGUGUGUGGUAAUAAGCAGCUCAACAAUGCUGUAACCAAUAUACAGUGAGUGGUAAUAAGCAGCUCAGUAAUGCUGUAACCAAUAUAGUGUGUGGUAAUAAGCAGCUCAACAAUGCUGUAACCAAUAU